AUGCGUCACGUGCUAUUCAAGCACAGCAGCCACUCGGGUGUGCCUAUAUCGAGGGACGAGCUCAAUAAAGUCAUUUCCGCGCAGCUGGCCGGCCGGCGCGUGACGGGGCUGCCGGGCGUGAUUAUAAAGGAGGCCCAGGCGCGGUUCCCAGCCGCUCUGGGGUUCGAAAUGAAGGAGCUUGAAAGAGGGACGCGGGGAAGAGGGGGAGGCGGAGGGGGAGGGGGACAUGACGGGGAUGAGGGUGGGGAGAGAGGGGGAGAAGACGGGGGGGGGACGGGGGAGGAGGUAGGGGGGGAGGAGGGGGAGGGGGUGCGAAGGAUGCAAGCAGCAGGCAGUGCGUUCACCACUGUGGUGUGUGCGCUGAUCAAAGGCGCUGGAGGAAGCAUCCCGGCAGAGAAGUUGUGGGCGCUUCUGGGGGCAAUGGGGGUGCGGCGGGGGGAGGAGAGGCACCCGCAGUUUGGGAACGUGGAGGAGAGCUUAAAGCGCAUGGAGAAGCAGAGAUACGUGAUUCUGGUGAAAGGGGCACGUGGGGCGGGAGGGGAGGAGGAGUGGACGUAUGAGCUGGCAGAGCAUGCCCGGCAGGGCAUCGGAGCAGAGAAGCUGCAGAAGCUUUUCAACGAGGUGAGGGAGAGGGGGUUUUCCUGUAGCAGACGAGAGGAGAGGGCAGGGGUAAAUAGAGUGGGCACGGCGUAUGAGCUGGCAGAGCAUGCCCGGCAGGGCAUCGGAGCAGAGAGAUUGCAGAAGCUUUUCAACGAGGUGAGGGAGAGGGCAGAGAGAUUGCAGAAGCUUUUCAACGAGGUGGGAAUAGAGUGGCCGUAUGAGCUGGCAGGGCAUGCAUGGCAGAGCAUUGGAGCAGAGAGGCUGCAGAAGCUUUUCAACGAGGUGAGAAGGGCCUUCCUGAGGAAACGAGAUGAGAGAGAGGGCAGGGGUAUAAUGAGUGGGCUUAUGAGCUGGCAGAGAGCAUGCCCGGCAGGGUAUUGGCACUCGUUGAGAUGA